AUGCCGGAAUUGCUGCGGUCGCUCACUCGGUCCUGGUCGUCGACCCUAAAACUUCCCAAGUCAACAUUCCCCGCGCGUGUGACACCGGCCGAUCAAACAAAAUACCUGCGACGAUGCACUGACGAUCUCUAUGCCUGGCAACGCCGCGAAAGGACGGCCGAUAGACCAUUUGUCCUACAUGACGGUCCACCAUACGCAAAUGGCGAUGUUCAUGUCGGCCAUGCGCUCAACAAGAUUCUCAAAGAUAUCAUCUGCCGUGUGCAGUUGGGGCUUGGAAAGGGUGUCCGAUAUGUUCCUGGGUGGGAUUGUCAUGGAUUGCCUAUAGAACUCAAGGCUCUCGAGAAACAAAAAUAUUUGAAGGAAUCUGAUAGACCGGUCAGUGCUGCGGUAAUAAGAAAAGCCGCGCGGAAAUUGGCAGACCAGACAGUACGGGAGCAGAUGAAAUGGUUUCGCGAAUUCGCUGUCAUGGGAGACUGGGAGAAUCAUUGGAAGACCAUGGACAAGGAAUUCGAAAAGAGACAACUUGCUAUAUUUCGUGAAAUGGUCGAGAAGGGCUUGAUUUAUCGACGCUUUAAGCCCGUGUAUUGGUCGCCUUCUACUGGAACGGCACUCGCAGAAGCAGAAUUGGAAUACAAGGACGAUCAUAUCUCUAUUGCCGCUUUGGUCAAAUUUCCUCUAGUAUCUAUUCCCCCACAUCUGGCACAGAAUCCUCUAUUACAAGUCAAGGACCUUAGUGCUGUCAUAUGGACGACUACUCCUUGGACGCUUCCUGCCAACAAUGUUAUUGCUGUUCAUCCGGAUCUUGAGUACGCGAUUGUUCAGUCUGAAGUACAUGGCCACCUUCUUGUCGCGCAGUCACGGAUUGAAUAUCUUGAAAAUAGUCUGAAAGAGGACCUUUCCGUGAUUGUUCCAGCUAUCCACGGUUCAGAACUAGCAGAUCGCACUACGUAUCGACCCCUAUUUAAAGGAUCAAAUACAGAAGCGCAGCCAAUCAUUGCGGCAGAAUUUGUCACCGCUGAUUCUGGUUCGGGCCUUGUUCACUGUGCCCCCGGACAUGGAAUGGAUGAUUACGAUGCUUGCGUUUCGCGUGGUAUCCCUGCGUUCGCCCCAGUUGAUGAUCACGGCAGAUUUACCGAUAAAGCAAUGCCCAGCGACCCUGCAAGAUUGAGCGGAAAGAGUGUUUUGGACGAAGGAAAUAUUGCGUGUCUCGAAUACAUUGAAUCCCAGGGUCAUCUUCUUGCCAAACAUCAGUAUGAGCACAAGUAUCCCUAUGACUGGAGAUCGAAACUCCCCAUAAUUAUCAGGGCUACUGAGCAGUGGUUUGCCGACGUGGCUGAUAUCCGCAGCAGUGCUGUGAAGGCCUUGGAGGAUGUCAGGUUCGUUCCAACUUCUGGCAGACAGCGACUGGAAAACUUCAUCAAGAACCGGAGUGAAUGGUGCAUCUCACGUCAGCGUGCAUGGGGGGUACCGAUUCCUGCUCUUUACCAUCGAGGCACGGGCGAAGCUGUUCUCACAAAGGAUACCGUCUCUCAUAUCAUGGAUAAAAUAGAGGAGCGUGGGGUGGACGCAUGGUGGACAGAUGAUGCGAACGAUCCAGCAUGGAUUCCACCAUUUUUGCAAGAUGCAUCUGGACCCGGCUAUCGACGUGGAACGGAUACCAUGGACGUGUGGUUUGAUAGUGGCACCAGCUGGGCGGGAAUCGAUACGCCUUACAGCGAUGGCUAUCCUUCUGACGUCUACUUGGAAGGCACUGACCAGCACCGUGGCUGGUUCCAGUCUGGCCUCCUCACGUUUAUUGCUCACCAGCUCGCCUCCGGUCAAACUUCAGCGUCCCGUGCACCGUACAAAAACCUUAUCACCCAUGGAUUUACUCUUGAUGAAGAAGGGCGUAAAAUGAGUAAAUCGAUAGGAAAUGUCCUACACCCUCAAUCAAUUAUGGAUGGGACGCUUUUGCCGCCCCUCAAGCCAAGAAAAGGCAAGGGGAAAAAGCAAACUGAGAGCCAGGGACCCGUGUACGAUGCCCUUGGCCCGGAUGCACUUCGUUUGUGGGUUGCAAGCAGCGACUACACGCGUGACGUUGUGAUUGGAAAACAAGUUCUGCAGACGGUCAACACCAGCUUACACAAGUACCGUGUAACUUUCAAGAUGCUCUUGGGUGCGCUUUCAGAUUUUAGCUUAGAAAACCGCCUCCCAUAUGAUGAAUUACAAGAAGUUGACCGCAUUGCCCUCAUGCAUCUGUCUGAAUUGGUUCUGGCUUGCCAAAAGGCCAACGAAAACUUUGAAUUCUACAAAGCGGUGAAUGCCAUCAACCGGUGGGCCAACCUUGAAUUUUCUGCUUUCUACAUGGAAGCCAUUAAGGAUCGGCUUUACACUCUAGGGGAAAACAGUCCAAGCCGACGUGCUGCGCAGACAACUUUGCUUCACAUUUACCACCACCUUCAAGAGGCCCUGGCUCCGAUCACUCCAGUGCUCGUGGAAGAGACCUGGGAGCACACGCCCGAGACUAUCAAAACGUAUUGCGAGCACCCUCUACGACGGGUUGUAGCGGCGCCUGCUCCAGAAUGGCAAAGCCACACGCUCGAGGCAGACUUCCAGGACCUUGUUGCCGUGCAUUCGGCUAUCAAAACUGCCCAAGAAAAAAGCCGUGCCAAGAAGGAAAUAGGAUCCUCCCUGCAGUCAUUUGUCCAUAUCAUCCUUCCUGAAGGAAUGAGGGAAUCUGUGUUCCAGCGGAAUCUGUCUGAGCUUCCUGAUCUGUUUGUUGUCUCGUCAGUCACUCUCGGCACCCCUGUUGAGCCCACGCCCACUGCCAUUGCCGACGCACAAUGGCAGUACAGUGAGGAAUAUGAACUCCCCAAUGGACAGAAGGGAACCGUAUAUGUUUUCACGCCUCAAGCAAGCAAGUGCCAGCGUUGCUGGCGAUACGUUAUUGCCGAACCGCAAGCAGUCGAGGAGACGGUGUGUGAGCGCUGCAAAGAUGUCGUUCGGGAGCUCUAUGCUAUCCGGUCUUCAUGA